UCCUGGUUCUAUCUUGUUGAGGUCGACUUUGUGUAAGCUUCCUGCUUCUGGUUUGCUGACAGCAGCAGCGACGAUGGAUUCCUACGAUACAACUGCUGGACGGCCUCCUAUUCGAAGCAGCAGCCGAGGGUGUCUGCUGGUCGACCCGAACGAGGUGGUGUUCCGCAAUCUCCCCACGGAAGUAAGCAUAAGUAACCACGAUCCGAAGGCCACUACCAUUCAGGUCAACAGCGCUAACCGCCAUGGGUGUCUCUUAACCAUAGUGACUCUGCUCGCAGAGCUGGACCUGUCUGUUGUCAAAGCGUACAUCUCCUCGGAUGGUGCUUGGUUCGUCGACGAAUUCAGGGUAAUAGACAAAAGAGGGAGGAAGAUAGAGGACUCUACGCUGAUACAAGGCAUUCGAGCCGCCCUGGCAAAGACUGGAAGCACAACAGCAACGACGAUGACGACGAGCUGGUCUGCUGCUGCUGGCUGGACCUCAGCAAUGACAGGGAUGAAAGCGACCGAUGCUGCUUCUCUGCCGGAAGAGGAAGAGAAUCUGCGGAUGAGGUAUUAUUGGGAGGAGGAGGUGCCUCCUUGCUUUGGAAAAGGAGGAGGAGGAGGAGGAGAGAGCGCUUGGCCUCCGUCCGAUUUGCCCACGUGCACACGUAUCGCUUUGGUGGGCAAGUACAGAGAGGGGCUUCUGUCUGAAGUGGCAGGGGUUUUGACGAACAUGGAAUGCCAUAUUGUGAGAUCGACCUUCUGGACUAACAACGGCCGCGUUGCUUGUAUCGUGGACAUCACGGAGGGGGGAGCAAAAGGGGGGGGGAUUAAGAAUGCGGAGAGGUUGAAGAUCAUCCAGACGCUGCUGGAGCAAGUGAUGCUCGUUGAUUGUGAUCACGGAGCGAAGGUGGAUCUUCACAUACAUCCGCUGAACGAGUGGUCCAUCUCCAGAGAGAGAACCCUCCACCAGCUGAUGUUCGAAGACAGAGACUUCCCCACUCCUCACGACGACUACGUGGAGGAGAGCAACAAUGUGAAGCGCCACCCCAAACACUACGAAGAAGAAGACCGUUGCUGCCCCCUCCUCGCCGUCGAUCGCGACUUCCCAACGACUACUGCUUCUUCUUUCCUUCCAUCUUCCAUUGCCGACGUCGGCAUUGGCGGCGGCAUUGGCGGCGGCAUUGGCUCAUGUGCAUCCUCCGUCUUCACUCCUUCCUUCGACAUCAAGUCCCAACCCUGUCGUGUCGGUACACCAGACACUCUCCAUCCCAUCGACAACCUCCUUCUCCCUGGUGCCCAUGCUCAACGCCCUCACCACCACCACCAACAACAACAACAAAAACAAAAACGUUUUUCUUGUUUCCCCUCAUCGUUCGAGGAGCCGUUCGUCUUCUUCACGUCCUCUCCUAAGAUGCCUUACAUGGGAAUCGACUCUGCUGCUGUUGACGUCUCUGGCAUCGACCUUGGCCGCAACCACCUCCUCUUCCGCCCCCGGGACUGCCUGAUAUUGCCUGAUGCCCAACGACCUCAGCCUCAGCCCCACUAUCGACGUCCUCUCCCCGAUCAAUCACAACAACAACAACAACAACAACAACACUGGUCAUCCCAGUUUGCCUUCCAUCAAAAGCGAGACACGUGUCAUGUUGACGAUUGGCAGCAACCUGGAUCCGCCGCCAACAAGAAGAGGAAUGGAUUUCAAGAGAACCAUUCCGACCAUCCCCACCAUUCCAGGCCCAACAACAACAAUAACAACAACAAUAACAACAACAAUCACAAUCACAAUCGGACCUACAACAAUCGUGACGACAACAACAAUCAUCUUGUGAGCAACGACAAAAGCUACCACGCAAAGCAGCAGCAGCAGAAGCAGCAGCAGCAGACUCGACAGCGAAAUAACUGUAAGAAUGGGCGCGCGACUUCACCGAAGGUGGAGGUGGUUAAUGUGGAGGAUCCAGGAUACACGAUGAUCACGAUCGUUGCAGAGCAUAACAGGAGGCUAUUCUUCGAUGUGGUUGCCACGCUGGCAGAUAUGGGGUAUGACGUGUCGCACGGACACGUGAAUACCCAGGAGGGCAUGUGUGAGCUGGAGUUCUUCGUGAAGACUCUAGAGGGGCGGAUGGUAGAACCAAGGGCAGAGAGGGUGUUCCUUGAGCGGUGCUUAGUAGCGUCUAUAGUCAGACGUCGGGCGGAGGGGAUUCGUUUGCAGUUGAGCUGCAGAGAUAAGAAGGGGUUACUUCGAUCAGUCACGCGCAAGUUUUGGAGCCAUGGCUUCGACGUCACUCACGCAGAUCUUUCGACUAAGGAUGGCUGUGCUAUUGCCUACUUCUACGUGCGGGAUAAACAUGGGCGGGAAGUGGAACGGCAGCGAAUCGAUGGCUUGCUGGAUGCCAUAGGGAGGGGGAUGAUCCGACUUGCUCCCGUCGUCGCCACGCAACCGCCGGUCCCCCAGCACGCGCCCACUCCUGCGCCCGAGCUGUCGAGUUACAAGGAGGCUGAGCGGGGAGCUCUGAGACUUAGCCGAUCGGUGCUCAACCUCCUGGAACACGGACGAGGAGGAUUACACUGGGCCUCCCUUGCAGUUUGCGGAUGGGUAACUGCUGCGCGAUCAUCAGCUUGAACCGUGAGAGACGUAGGGGGCUCGAACCCUCUGGCUGAUCGUGAGA